GAAAUAGCCGUUCUUCUCUGGUUCGGUCACCAUCCAGUGCGGCUGCAUUAUAUAGCUUUUCUUUAGGGAAGAAUGAACAAAGUAAAACAUCGUAAAGUGGAACGCUGACGAUCGAGCAGCUACUUUACCCAACUGCUGUUGUCUCGGAAAGGAAAAGGGAAAAAUCAAGUUCUGCCAGUUCGUUUUAUUGUUUGGUUGUGAGCGAGUGUAGGGCAUCUUCACACUGUUUUUUAGAUCGAUACAGGCAGCCUGAUCAGAAAUCACUUAAUUCUGUCGAGUCGCUUGAGUUAUAUUCAACGUGCGGAUGAGAUGGAAGUGUCAGUUUCUAAUUGGAUACUCGUCGGAGUGCUGCUAUCGUUCCAAAUUCUAGUUACAGAAGCAUUGAUUCUUGAAACGGAUGACGCGAUCAUCGUCAAGGCGGGUAGCAGACAUUCACCCAAUCAAAAUGUAGAGUAUGCACGAACACCCAAAUCUAGUGACCAUCAGCAGAAAACGUCAGACAUGAGUGAAUGUCUAACAUAUGACGGACAUUCAGGUGUUUGCCUGCCCGUAUCAGAAUGCUAUCCUUAUACUGAAGCGCACAGAUCUAUCGACAACCUCGAUACGUGGGUAAUCGGCACGCGUGGUACGUGCAAUUACGUCGAGCCCAAUGGCAAACAGAUUUAUGGAGUAUGCUGUCACCCUUCGCAACGGUAUAAUCGUACAACGAAAUUAGAAAAUUCAUUUGAAAAUGAAACGAUCUAUUCUGACGCGACGUCGCGUAUUGUUGGAGGUUGGAAUUCCUAUGCUGGAGAAUACCCGUUUAUGGCAGGUAUUAUGGGUAACGGAAAGGUUUAUUGCGGAGGCUCCUUACUUGACAGUAUACACAUUUUAACAGCAGCGCACUGCGUUCACAGGUUGACACCACAAGGCGUUGCCCAGCUCACGGUUAUUAUGGGAGCCGUGGAUUUGAGAGAUCAGGCCAUGGUUGUCAGACGCGUGCAUAGCAUUACACGCCACAAGGCAUUCGAUGCCACCAAAUUGUAUAAUGAUAUUGCGUUGGUGACCAUGGAUUCGCCAGUCCAGUACAGCAAUACUUUAUCACCUGUAUGUCUCUACGACGACGUAGGUGUCAAUCACGAUGGAAAAGAGGCAGUGGCUAUCGGUUGGGGAAACAUCAGAGAUGGUGGGCCUAGGGCUGAAACGUUGCAAAAGGUUUCGCUUCAAAUCAAAUCGCAACAAGAUUGCAGGCAAAAUUUCGGCACUCGAGCUCCGGGUGGCAUCGUGGACCAUUUCAUUUGUGCCACAGCACCAAGGAAGGACUCCUGUGCUGGUGACAGCGGAGGACCAUUGAUGAUGAACCGUGGCAACCGCCAAUGUCAAGUAGGAAUCGUGAGUUGGGGAAUCGGAUGCGCAACUGACACGUAUGGCGUCUACACCCGCAUCUCUUCCUUCUCCGAAUGGAUCAGCCGCAAUAGAAUUCGAUUUUAGAUUUGAUGGAAACACAAAGGGGAAGCACGUUUAAAAACACGCGCAUCU